GACUGUGAAUGGUAUACAGUAGGCUAUGUGUCAGGCGUUUUACACAGAACAGAAGAAAAUGUAAACCAGUUUGGAUUAUUUCUUCAUUUUUGGAUGAAUGCGGAGACGCGGUGCGCUCUCAUUGAAAGGGAGGCUGCCUUUUGCACACCAAAUGAAGUCAUGAACGGCAGAACGAUGAUGUCAUCGCCUGCACUUGCAGCUAUAUUCCCUAUGCACUGAUCGACGCACAUACACAGCUGAGGGGUUCUCACCGUUUGCGAAAGUAAUACGGAUAGCCUUCCUUGGGAAGUGGGUCAUGGAAUAAUCGGUUCACCUAUUUUCUUCUAAAGGCUAUAUGUGAAAGCUUGGUUUUGAGAGUUCAUUUGUCUGUUAAAUUGGUAUACUACUGUCGCCUGAUAAAAACGUUUGACAUGUUAAGAUUCGUUUUUGGAUACAGAUAGCGGGAACAUUUAUUGUAAGAAUAGGCUAUAGCCUACAUUUCCAUUUUGCGUGAUGCAGAUCAAAUGUGUGCUGUCAGGUUUAUUGUGUGGUAGCCUACAGUUUUCAAUAGGCCUAAAUCAAGAUUGAAAUAUCAAGAAGAUGUGCUCGUUUUGGAAAUAUAUCAAAGUACGGAAUAAAACAUACUGUAAAACAUGCUGCUCUGAGAAAUUGGAAGUUGGUAUCAUUCAUAGUGUCGCGGAGAGCGAAGCACUGAGACAUGGAUAAGUUUCUGCAGAUCGCGCCUCACUCCCUGGCCAUAGUGCUGUCUCGGGAUGGCGCCGAAGAGUCGCCCGCGGUAACCGACAAGCUCCAGCAACAUCACACAGGCUACGAGAUAUUUGCCGACUUCAAAGCUGUCAACAUGCAGCACUUCUGGAAUAAGAAAGUGACCGAUGCGAUAUCGGAGACUUUUUUCCUAGGCUGGAUUGACGAGGAUGUCCUGCUGAUCCAAGGGAAGGAACACCACCUCGAGGUGCUCAGAGCGGGAUGGACGAGGCGGGCCCUCAAACCGCCCGGAGGUUUCGAGAUCAAGUGCAUCGGUGAUGUGUCUCCCAUCAGCAUGUCUCCUAUCAGCCAGUCCCAGUUCAUCCCACUGGGGGAGAUCCUGUGUCUGGCUAUCUCAGCCAUGAACUCUGCUCGCAAGCCCGUCAACCAGGAGGCCCUGAUGGAACACCUCGCCACAUGCUUCCCAGGUGUUCCAACACCGAGCUCUGAGAUUCUGCGACACACCCUAAACAUGCUGGUGCGAGAGAGGAAAAUCUACCCAACACCUGAGGGCUACUUCAUUGUUACUCCCCAGACCUACUUUAUCACCCCCAACCUCAUCCGAUCCAACAGCAAGUGGUACCACCUGGACGACUGGCAGCAGCAACAGCAACAGCAGUGUACCUCCCCACAGUCGGGCACCAUCACGCCCUCCACCCCGGGCUGCGUGAGGGAGAGGCCCAACCAGAAGAACCACGGGGACUCCUACAACACGUACCGCGAUGAUACGCCCAUCCCUCAAGCCCCCACUUACCAGAGGAAGUCUCCCAAGGAGCCUCGGGGAGACCCUCCCUCCUACCCUCAGCCCCCUCCGGCUCCCGUUCAGAUACCGACGUCACAGUUGCAAGAUCCUUUGACGGACAAGAGCAAGAGUAAUGCCCCCUUCCCCUACAAGACCGACACACUGACCAAAAAAAAGGAGGGUGGUGGCGGCAGCAGUGCCGAGAAGCAGUCAAAGAAGUUUGGGCUGAAGCUGUUCAGGUUGAGCUUCAAGAAGGACAAGCUGAGGCAGCUGGCCACGUUCUCGGCCCAGUUCCCUCCCGAGGAAUGGCCCCUCCGUGAUGAAGAUGCGCCUGCCAUCACCAUCCCCCGCACUGUGGAGAUGGAGAUCAUCCGGCGGAUCAACCCGGACCUGACGGUGGAGAAUGUGGCGCGCCACACGGCCGUGAUGAAGAGACUGGAGGAGGAGCGUGCCCAGAGGAGAAAAGCAGGCAGCUCAGCUGAGCACAGUGCACGCAGCCGGAGGAGUCGUGGUCAUCGUCGGGUGCCGCACGGCAAGUCCCGUUCACACAGCAAGACGCGCGCCUCCCGGGGCGACCCUUCCGAUAGUUCCAACCUGGACAUGGCCAUGGUAGACAGGGAUUACAGCCGCUUCUUCAGCCACUCGCUGGUGCGCUCCCCGCGUGAGGCCAUGUACACCUUGGAGCGCAAAAGAAGUGGUGGGACUUACGUAGUCCACAGCAACCCCAACAUCACAGAGUCCCACUUCCCCAUCACCCCGGAGUGGGACGUGUCCGGGGAGUUGGCGAAAAGGAGGACAGAGAUGCCUUUCCCCGAGCCCUCGCGCGGGACGUCCAGCGGGAGAGUGCACCGAAGCCACAGUCACACUCAAGAAGGAAGGAAGUCACGCGACGAGCUGACCGACCAGGCUAAGGAAAGGUCCCGCUCCAUGGAUAACGCUUUGAGCCCUCUGGACGGAAUGGGCCCCUCCUCUUUGGGGAUGUCAGAGGACUAUGAGCGUAGUCCCGAUGAACGAAGUCGUUACUACACAGACGAUGGGACUUUGCGGGCCUCCCAGAAGUCACCCCACUAUUCAAGGAUCAUGUUCUCGGCUGCUAAGUUCAAUUCUGAAAUGUGUGUGCCUGAUGGGAGCCUAGGGAAGGGGAGCCUAGGGAAGGGGAGCCUAGGGAAGGGGAGCCUAGGGAAGGGGAGCCUAGGGAAGGGGAGCUUGGACGAGUCUAGGAUCCGAAGCCCACUGGAAAGGAAUAAGAGCAGAGACAGCUUGCCGGCCUACAGUGAUCUGAAGGGACUCUCGCCCAAGUCCUCGGCGGACGACUACUUCCAGUGCAAUACGUCAAACGAAACAAUCCUUACCGCCCCUUCACCUCUGUCAAAAGCAGACCACGACACGUUAACCUCGUCUGAGGGAAUCCGGAAGGGCACUCCAGCCGAUCGCCACACCCCUCACCUUACCUCUCCCCUCACGAUGGAAUACAAAGAGGACUCUUUGGCAAAGGGGCAAAACGGCUCAAACCGAUCAACACCAAGCCAGACCCCAGAGCCCAUGACUAACGGACGUUUGACACAACACCAACACAACGUAGACCCUGGAGGGGGAGGCGGUGGUGGCGUGGCAGACAAGAGGAAGGAGAUCUUCAGCAAGGACACUUUGUUCAAGCCUCCACACAACACAUUGACUGCAGGCUACGUGGAGGGCACCUACACCAAGUCGGGCACCCUGCGAAAGACCCCACACAUCAAAUCAGCCGAGGUCCUUGACAAUCUAGAGGCCCAGCAGCCUUCGAAUUCAGCAGCUUCCCCCGCUUCCGCCCUGGUCCCCCAGGGCUCCGAGCCAGUGGUCCCGUCAGCCUCCGAGGCCGCCUUUGACUACUACAAUGUGUCGGAUGAUGACGAGGAGGUGAUGGCGGAGGACACUGCGCGGAAGGAGUUAGUGGUGGCAGAGGGCAAAGGGCACGGGGAGGGUGGGGGUGGAGUUGGAACCAUGCAGUGGCUUCUGGAGCGGGAGAAGGAGCAUAAUCUGCAGCGCAAGUUUGAGACUAACCUCACGCUGCUCAGCCCCAAGGAGACAGAAAACAGUAGCAGCCAGAAGUCAGCGCAUUCAGCACGUCUGGAUAGCAUGGACAGCAGCAGCGUGACUGUAGACAGUGGAUUCAACUCCCCAAGGACACGUGAAAGCCUGGCUUCCAACACGUCGAGCAUCAUGGAGAGCAAUAGACGACAGAAUCCAGCAUUGAGUCCGGGCCACAUGGGCACCACCAGCAACGGUCCGCCGUUCAGCUUUCGCGCCAUUCCUGAACCCCCCCGUACUGCACAGCCUGAGAAACUGCAGAAGUCUUCAACCUGCCUGGCAUCCAUCACCAGCGUCUGACCUGAUAUACAGACUGACAGACAUCAAGGCCUGAGAUGGAGGAGGUGGAUUAUUAUGGUAGGGACUGUUGGGGGUAAUGGGCGGGGGGGUGGAGAAGGCAGAAGUUGGGUCACGUUGUGCCCCCACCUUCUCCUCACCCAUCCACACACACAUGUCCACCCUCCCUCACCCAACCCCCAGAAAAUCCAACUACUACUGGGACUGUUAACCUCACAGGCAUGGCUUCCAGAGACUGUUCCCACAGCUUCAAAAACUUCACUGCAAAAAACAAACAAACAAAAUGACAACCACGAAAUAACAAAAACUAUCCUGACCAGAUUCAUUUUGUCUCCCAUUGCAAGAGAGCCGAUCAGGAAUGAUCUUGAUUUGGAUUAUAUCAACUUUGAUUUUUUUGGGGGGGGGGGAUUUCCAGAUUCCUCAAUGUUGGUAUUAGAGAAAUGUUGAUACAUUUAGGAUUGGAGUCACAUUUGGGAAAAUCUAUACUUUUACAUGUUAUUUCCAAUCCAUGUCCAAUGAAAUGUUUUCUAUCAAGAAUUAGAAAUAAUUUAUCAGGAGAAUUAUCAUAUUUGUAUGUUGAUGCACAGUAUUAAAAAUAAUGAAGGAAGAGAUGAGAAGGUGGAAAGGCAAAAUGUCAGAGGUUCCGAUUUGUGUAGCGCAAAGCAAAAUAGGCUAUUGUAGUUCUAUCCAUACAGUAUAAUUUAUUCAUAAGUACAAUAAUGUAUACUCAAAUCUUUUUUUUAUAUUUAAAUGACCAAAAUGAAAUCGUUAAAACGAAUAUUGACAAUUUAGUAAGGGAAAACAGUUGGUUUACAUUGUUAGUUGAAUUAUUAAGUUUCCAUCCUGAAGCACUAAUGUGCCUUUUCUGUGGUAUUUAUGACUAAAUUAAAAAAAAAAAAAUCUUUACCCAACAUAUAAUCUCAGGUCAUAAGAAUAUUUUCUUGAACACACGCACACACACUCUGUCUGUAAUCUUGUUGGAGGUGUGUGAGGAGUUGGCCUCGCUAAUUAGUGGCUUGCUGAGUGUUGUAAUUGGUUUGACAGGACUUUACUUUUAUGUUUGUUUCAGAUGUGUUUGCCUUUUCACAACAUGUUUGCCAGAGUAUGAAUAGAUAGACCAUCAAAUAAAUGGUUGCAGUGGGGUGCAAAUUGUAACUAUAUAUCCCAGGGGUAUAGGACAGACAAACACCUCCCUUUAACAUGUUUAUCACUAUCAUUGCCAGAGCCAUCAAGGCAUUUAUACAACUUAUGUCUGCGGUGUUUAUCUGAAUUGAAAUGUUUUAUGAAAUUGAACAGCUCCUAAAUUGUUUUGCAAAUUGCAAAAUCUCUCCAAAUAUUAGAGCAUGCGGACUAGUGAUGGCUACCUUGCAAGAGAAUAGUGAAGAGUUAUUGCAGUCUUGCCUCUUUAUUCACAAUAUUGUUUGUAUCACAAUACUGUAAGUAUCGUGUAUUGGAAAUUUGUUUAUCUUGUACAGGUGCUAAGAUUUCUAUAAUGAAACGCUCUAUUCAAUCCGCAACGCUUUAUAGCGUGACUGACAAUUAAAGGCAAUGUUUUGAAAGGACUUUACUUUAUUGUAAAUUGUCCAGAAACAAGUCCAUGCAUCAAAGCUACAUUAGGGGUUAAGUUAAUGACCUCCCACAUGCAGAAUUGCAAUGUGCAUUAUUGAAGGAAUUGAUAUAUUUAUGAUGCCCAUAAAACACAGUAAGUUUAUCAAUCUUGCAUGAUAGUGAUCAAUUAAUGAACUACACAUCCAAUUGUACAAUUGUAUUCACUUCUACUUUGAAACUCUUUUAAAAAAAAGUUAUCAACAGUCUCCUCCCAGUGGGCAAAAAUGUUGGUUGAAAUGUGAUUAAAGUUAUGUCAUUUAACCUGACUACAACCAGUUAAAGAUACCUUUUUCAUAACAACAUCAAGAUGCCUGGGAAAGACUGCAUAACCUGAAUACAAAGAGGUAAAGGUGUCUUUUUAUGGUAGUUUAAAAAAAUAUAAAAACAUUAUUUUACAGUCAUUAGCUAAUGACCUAACAAAAUAUGACCAUGACAUCACAAAAUGUGAACCUGACGGCACUACAACCGGUUUUGCCCGCUGGGAUGAUUGUAAGGCAAGAAGAUUCCAUUUUUGUCAUGACACAAACAGUGGUGUUCAUUAUAAAACAAGUGACAUAUCAACAUGCUCGUGAAUGUCAUAUAUCACAAAGGCUAUGUCAAUCACUUAAUCAAUGUCUGGUAACUAUAGGCCAAUGGAUGAUCAUGAUCACACUUGAUAAAAGAUUCUGUGAAAUCCUAGAUUAUUAUCAAGUUAGUAACAGUGAGACAGAGUGGAGACAGGGAAAGAUUAAAUAAUGGAUCAUGUAGAUUAAUCAAUAUAAGCAUAGAUUUUGUUUGCAGCCUCCAUACAAAACUAGCUUGCUAUUCAAGCCAGUUGCUGAGGCCGUAGUUAGUUCGUUUUGUUUUCCUAACGUGUCUUUAGCAUGAUGUCUGCUAUCAGAGAUGGUGCGGGAAUCAUUUCUGGCCUUUUGGUAGCCUAUUUGAUUGGCAGGAGUCUUCCUUAGUCUAUACUCAUUUAUUGAUAGUCUUGCUCACCAAAGGCAGGAUGCAACAUUUAGAAAGUUAUAGAUAAUGAGGGUUGUUUGUAAAAGUUGUUUCUAACUGCUUACAGAUAAAUGUUGUGAGGGGAGCAACAAUCAUCAGAAAAUCCACAGUGUUUAAACGUUACCGACAUAGUUUAGGAUGAUUAGCCCUGAAGGGCAUCUUAUCUAAUUAAAACAUUAAGGUGUAACUGCUGGUAACUUGUUUAAAGAUAUUUAUUUCAUGGCUAAUAAGCUAUACUAGCCAAAGUCCAUGAAAUAAAUAUACUGUAUGUCCUUUUAUUUAAAUUCUUUUUAAAGAAGGGAAUGCAAUGCCACGUUCAAAGUUAGACAUUUUAGCAAUGAAAAUACAUUUACAAUAGCCUAUACUAGAGAACAUCUACAAGUGAUACUUUUGGAUUGUUGAACAUCUUUGAAGUCAGUAAGAACCAGAUCUGAGGUCAAAUACCAUUUGAAACCUCUCAAAUACUUUGAGGUUUUGCGUUAGCCUGCCUGGUGUACCAGGAGGGUGCCGUUUGCACUUUUGGGACUUUUGCAACAGGCAAACUCAAUCAAGCACAACUAAGGUAUUUGAAAUUAUUUUAAACCUAGGUUUGAAGAACCUGGACCUCAUGAUUAUUGGGUUAUUUCUUUCAGUGAAUGUGUGCCUCGAGUGAUUUGACUAUAGUCAAUUGAUAAAGGUUCCGGGAAAUGUUACUAUACUCCAUUUUGGGGUAAACUAUGUUUUUGGCCAAGGAAUAUUAGAGAGCUACAGUCAUGGCCAAAAGUUUUGAGAAUGACACCAAUAUUAAUUUCCACAAAGUUUGCUGCUUCAGUGUCUUUAGAUAUCUUUGUCAGGUUUUACUAUGGAAUACUGAAGUAUAAUUACUAGCAUUUCAUAAAUGUCAAAGGCUUUUAUUGACAAUUACAUGAAGUUGAUGCAAAAAGUCAAUAUUUGCAGUGUUGACACUUCUUUUUCAAGACCUCUGCAAUCCGCCCUGGCAUGCUGUCAAUUAACUUCUGGGCCACAUCCUGACUGAUGGCAGCCCAUUCUUGCAUAAUCAAUGCUUGGAAUUUGUCAGAAUUUGUGCGUUUUUGUUUGUCCACCCGCCUCUUGAGGAUUGACCACAAAUUCUCAAUGAGAUUAAGGUCUGGGGAGUUUCCUGGCCAUGGCCCCAAAAUAUCUGUUUUGUCCUAUAUAUGUUUUGUUCCCCGAGCCACUUAGUUGGUUGGCACUUUUGCCCUAUUCCAUCAUACUGGAAAGGCAUUGUUCGUCACCAAACUGUUCCUGGAUGGUUGGGAGAAGUUGCUCUCGGAGAAUGUCUUGGUACCAUUCUUUAUUCAUGGCUGUGUUCUUAGGCAAAAUUGUGAGUGAGCCCACUCCCUUGGCUGAGAAGCAACCCCACACAUGAAUGGUCUCAGGAUGCUUUACUGUUGGCAUGACACAGGACUGAUGGUAGCGCUCACCUUGUCUUCUCCGGACAAGCUUUUUUCCAGAUGCCCCAAACAAUCGGAAAGGGGAUUCAUUCAUCACAGAAAAUGACUUUGCAGUCCAAUCCCUGUACCUUUUGCAGAAUAUCAGUGUGUCCCUGAUGUUUUUCCUGGAGAGAAGUAGCUUCUUUGCUGCCCUUCUUGACACCGGGCCAUCCUCCAAAAGUCCUUCGGCUCACUGUGUGUGCAGAUGCACUCACACCUGCCUGCUGCCAUUCCUGAGCAAGCUCUGUACUGGCGGUGCCCCGAUCCCACAGCUGAAUCAACUUUAGGAGACGUCCUGGUGCUUGCUGGACUUUCUUGGGCGCCCUGAAGCCUUCUUCACAACAAUUGAACCGCUCUCCUUGAAAUUCUUGAUGAUCCGAUAAAUGGUUGAUUUAGGUGCAAUCUCUCUAGCAGCAAUAUCCUUGCCUGUGAAGCCCUUUUUGUGCAAAGCAAUGAUGACGGCACGUGUUUCCUUGCAGGUAACCAUGAUUGAGAGAGGAAGAACAUUGAUUCCAAGCACCACCCUCCUAUUGAAGUUUCCAGUCUGUUAUUCUAACUCAAUCAGCAUGACAGAUUGAUCUCCAGCCUUGUCCUCGUCAACACUCACACCUGUUUAACAAGAGAAUCACUGACAUGUCAGCUGGUCCUUUUGUGGCAGGGCUGAAAUAUAGUGGAAAUGUUUUUUGGGGAUUCAGUUCAUUUGCAUGGCAAAGAGGGACUUUGCAAUUAAUUGCAAUUAAUCUGAUCACUCUUCAUAACAUUCUGGAGUAUAUGCAAAUUGCCAUUAUACAAACCGAGGCAGCAGACUUUGUGAAAAUGUAUAUUUGUGUCAUUCUCAAAACUAGGCUACGACUGUAUGUCUGGCAAGCAAAGCUUAUAAAGUAUCUGCUAAAGGAAAGUCAUGGGAGAAAGAGGAUGACUGGAUCCAGAUUCCCACAUUAUUUUCAUGUUGUAAGAAAAGGCUUGAGUUAAAUUUAAACCACAUAGCACUUUAAAGCACAUUUAAAGGCAACCCUCCUGGAAAAUGUAUAAUAUUGACCGACAACAACUCAUUAGUGGUGCAUUACCAAAUAGUUCACUGACGGCGCCGUUGGAUUCAUAUAAAAAGUGAAUUGUAAUGAACCUUUACUUACUCAACAGUAGAGUUGAAGGUGGUAAGAGGGACAAAGGAGUUAGGCUACAUGGUAGGCUUGUUACACGAGAGCUCAUUUACAUGAGCAAAUUGGGAAAUCAAAUGCAUUUAAUUACACUGAAACCACUUACAACAGUAAUUUUUUCAUAGUUAGUGGACCAUUUGUUAAUCCAGCUAUAAUGUAGCUACUACAUUAUUAUGGUCAAACAUUCUUCUGCAGUGUGACCUAAUCCUUCAUCAGUGAUAAAUAAACAAGUUUUAGUGCUCCUCUGCUUUACCGUCUCCAUUUGUAGACCUGGACUUUUGUGCACUGUCACUAAACUAUAAUGUUUUAGUAGACAAAAUAGGAAUGCAACACUUCCUCCAAUGAAAACAUUAUAUGGAAAUGAUAUUGUUAACGUCAACUACUUAUUUUACUGUACAGACUAAACAUCAUACAACUGACUACAUUUUUUGUGUUGUUUUUCCCCUUUGCAUUGAAGUAAGCUGCCUUAAUAAAAACACCCUUGUGAAUAAUUGGCACAAACAUUAUACAACUGCAGAAGACAUGGCAGUAUGUAUCUAAAUGUGCAUAUUGGGUAGUGUGAUGAUGAUGAUUAUAAUGGGACAAAGAGGAAUUCUGCUUUCAGACAUUGCAGUGCGGGUCAUCAUCUACUGCACUUCUACUGUGAUGUUUGUUUAUUUGUUUAUGAGGACACACAAGGUACAGGUUUUAAUCUCCUCGCCAAUGUUUCAGUACAAAGUAAUGGACUUGUAUCGAGUGACCCUAUAUAACGACAUCAAUAUCGAACUUUGUAAAAUACAUUUCAAUAAAACCUCCCACUACCGCG